AUGAGAAUCCAUGCGCAAAGGGGGAAUCGUGGGGAGGAGGUGGGGAAUCGGACCAGCACGAAACCCGUCCAAGAAGCAUACGACGCAAACGAUGAGACCAAGGUCAGGGCGGAUCCAUACACAGACCUACCCAUACACAGGAAAGGGGACAGACACAUCAACAAUGGCGACGGCUACCUCAAUUCUGCAAAGGCACCAAGCUCUCCCUCUGGCAGUGUGCCCUGCUCACGGGCGUCCCUUUCGCAGCGAGAAGCGCGCAACAACGCUCCCGCUGCAUGUCGGGUAUGCCAUCUUGCGGAAGGCCACGGCGAGCUUGUCGCCGUUGCAGAUGCAAUUCCAUCGCAAGCUACGCUACGGUGUAUACAUGAAAAUUGUAUUAAUAUGACAUCUCCCGGACUCAUCAUGCCCUUCCACCAACAAAUGUCUAUGAAAGCCUACGCCAAAAAGACAAGGCCGCGCCAUCCCGUCCGUCCACUUCCCCCCGACGGCGCCGUAGCUAUGGAUCGGAGACCCGGAUGCAAAAAAUGUCCUAAUCUAGUAUCACAGUGCGACGCUCUGACAUAUCCCAAAUUACAACCUCCGCAUAAUACACUUGCAUACAGAACCGCAUCUAAGGCCUCUAUUAGACAUGCAAAACGCAAACGAUCGCUCGCCAUCUUCGUGCCGACGUCCUUGCUGACACCGCACGCCGUCCACCCGACCCAACUGCGGCAGGCGGUUGAGUGUCUGCGGUAUAUCCUGCACAAUAAAACAGAUGCGGAUACGGAUGCAGAUGAAGAUACGACCCCCUCGGGAUCCGCGCUAUGUGUUUCCUUGGCGGCGUCUUGUCGCAUCUCUCCCAUCCACAUGCGGCGAUUUAGCUGUGGCGAUUGGGGGAUGGAUUUGGGUGGGGCGGUUAUGAUGUCGCCGUGGACGACUUUGUUAGGGGAAUGGGAGCGUGUUAAAGGCAUGCAGUGGAGAGGUGAUUAUAUUACGGCGCCUGUGGCGGGAAUGUUGAGGGGGAGGGUGCUGACAGGGAUGGAGGGGGGAGAGACUUUUUGGAGCAGGGAGUUAGGGGUUUUGUGGGAGGGUGAAAGGUGA